CAGGGUAUUCAUCGAUGCAGUCAUAUGUAGCAGAAGUGGGUGAAAUAAUCCGAGCAUAUAGGAGAGAUGAAGAGGAAAUUGAUGCUUUGCAGGAACGUAUCUCUUUGGUUUUCCGAGAACUACUAGGACAGAGGCUAUGGAUGCGAUCUUAUCCUUAUUUACAGACAUUAGCGAAAACCACGUAUUACUCCUGCACAACGUUAGCAGGUGUGCAAACAUUGGGAGAAGAAUAUGUAAAAUUGUUUGGACUUCAAUCAGAUCGGCGUGUUCCUAAUAUUGCAGCAAGGUUCGUAUUCGUGUUUCUGCACGCCAUCGCUCCACUCUUGUCACAGCUAGCUUUACAGAGAGCAGAACGUCUACUGACUCAUCCAUCUACUUCACAUUUUUUGGGCAUUCCGCUAAGGCACAAUGAGAAGGCGAGGAGGAGCUUUCUCUCUUUGAUUAACUGGUUAAGGUCCAUCGGCGUACCACAACUACACCGCAUACAUGUAGCUUUCUUCUAUAUUUUUGGAAUCUACUAUAAUUUGUCUCGAAGAGUGGCAGGAAUCAGGUAUCAGUCACUGAGUCCGCAAACAGAUGUCAAGGCAUUGAAAGUCUAUAAAGUGCUUGGUUAUCUGACAAUCGCCCAGACCGCAUUGAGCUUGACUUUAUGGUUAGCCUCGGUCAUGAACGAGAGCGUGAAUAAAACCAGAAAUAGGAAACCACAUGAAACUUCUUUGAAAGAGACGGAUCCGACCGAAACGGAUGAUGAUUUCCCUCAUGCAUGGUUUCGAUGCUCUGUCUGUCUGGAACAGCGAUCGCCAUCGAGCACAUCUUGUGGCCAUCUUUUCUGUUGGAAAUGUAUUCAGGAACACGCAUUAUCAGCAGAUGAUCAAGCUCGUUGUCCUCAUUGUCGGGCUCCCAUAGAAGCAUCGCAAGUGGUACCACUGCUAAAUUUAUGAUCUUUCUGGAUCGCUUACUAAUCAUAUUCCAUAUCAUGGCAAUUUGGUUUUCGAGUCAGAAAUUAGCGGAUGAGAAUCUGAUUACCAGAAUAAUAGAAACUCCAAGGCAAAUUUGUAAUCGUCAUGAGUUUACCUUUGGCUCUUCAAUAGUUUUUGACGUAUAUAGUGUUUUGAAGCUUUGUAGAAAAGCAAAGAAGUUUUCUCUUAGCUCUUGCCUGUUCCACUUUUUUAUCAAUCUUCACUUUUUUCAGUUGUGCACGAAAUAAACGAUACAGUGUACUUUUGCUGAAAACUUGCUCGUGAUAUAAUGCAAUAUAUUAUAGCUUUACUUGUAAGUAAUGAUAGAAUUAUUUUCAUAGAUUUACCAAUAGCGACGUGAUACCUGAAUUACUUCAAAGUUAUAAAUGUCGUCGUUGUACAUCUUCAUUCUCUCAAAUGCGCCAAUAAACUACAUAGAAUUCCAGUGUGAG